UCUUUCUAGUAGUACUUAUCCCUCUUAGGGAAACAAGUGGAAUGGUUUUGAAGCAAGUGUUUUUGUGUGCUCUAGUAGUUCUGUCGGUUUCGGCUGAUCAUCCCUUAUGGCGCAAACUAGAAGGAGACCUCUCGGAGGAACCGGAAGUCGAACUGCUUCAGGAAGUUAACGAAGCGUACAGGCUUCCUACAGUCACCGUUCCCACGCACUACAAUCUUCAUCUGAAGACCGCGAUUCAUCAAAAUAACCGACAGUUCCAAGGAACGGUCGAAAUAUUCUUCAAUGUGCUGGAGUCAACCGAUACAGUAACCGUUCAUAACCGUCGCCUAUCGAUAUGGAAGGUCACGUUGUACUCGGUCUCCGGGGAAGUUCAAACGGAGCUGGAAUCUCCGGAAUUUUCGACGGAUGCAGAGACGGAACAUCUCGCAAUCAAACACAGCUCCGUAAUGGAACCCGGAAGUUACAUGGUCAAGCUGGAAUUCAAUGGAGGGUUGCAGGACAACAACAACCAAGGCUUUUUCGCAUCGUCCUACCUGGAUAACGAUGGAAAACGUCAUUAUCUAGCCUCGAGCAAGUUCGAACCAACCCACGCUAGAUCGGCAUUCCCGUGCUUCGACGAACCGAAACUAAAGGCCACUUUUACGCUCUCUAUAACCCACUCGAAGGACUACAAUGCGGUCGCCAACAUGCCUCAGGACGGCGCUCUGAUCCCGGAUGUCGACGAUGCCGACUACGUGACCACCAAGUUCCAGAAGUCGACCAAAAUGUCCACCUACUUGUUGGCGUUUGCCGUGUCGAACUUCCGGAUUCGUACCAGCGGUUACCAAACGGUUUAUGCCCGGCCGAACGUUUACGAAGAAACCGAAUAUCCCCUGCAGGCUGGAGUGGAUAUCCUGAACGCCCUGAGUGCGUACACCGGUGUGGAGUAUACCAAGUACAUGCCCAAGAUGACGCAGAUCGCCAUUCCGGAUCGCGGCUCCGGGGCCAUGGAAAACUGGGGCUUGGUAACGUAUGGUGAACCCGUCCUGUUAUUCAAUCCGGCGAUCAACUCCUAUCGCACCAAGAAGAAUGUCGACACAAUCAUCGCGCACGAGUAUGCCCACCAGUGGUUCGGCAACUUGGUCAGCCCCGACUGGUGGUCCUAUAUCUGGCUGAACGAAGGAUUCGCUACGGUGUACGAAUACUUGGCGGCUCAGCUGGCCUACCCGGAGACCAACUACUGGGACCUGUGGGCCGUGGAGGUCAUUCACAAUGCCUUCUCGGCGGAUGCCCGAGAAUCGGUUCGACCCAUGACCUGGAAUGCGGCGACUCCGAGUGAGAUCGCUGGCCUGUUCGAUACCGUUGCGUACGAUAAGUCCGGAAGCGUCCUAAACAUGUUCCGCGUCGCAUUCCAAGACGACAACUGGAGAGAAGGUCUCGUAUCCUACUUCAACAGUAGAGAACUAGACGGAGCCGUAGCUGAUCACCUCUACGAAGGAAUACAGUUUGCGGUCAGCGGAAAGGAUGUUCUACCUAAGGCAUUCAACGUCAAAGAUGUGAUGGACUCGUGGACAACUGUGGCAGGAUUCCCUUUGCUGACGGUGCGUCGAGACUACAAGACUGGAGAAAUCGUUGUCUCCCAAGAACGGUUCUACAGUGAUCGUCAGUUGCCAAAUGACCACGUAUACCACGUUCCGUACAACUACGCUACGAAGUCUACGCCCAACUUUGAAACUCUUAGCUUCGAAUGGUUAUCUACCAAAGCAACUAAGCUGACAACGACGAUUCCAGCUGAAGAUUGGGUCAUCUUCAACAAGCAACAAACCGGCUACUACCGAGUGAACUACGAUGCCAAGAACUGGCAGUUGAUCACCGACGCACUUCAGCAGAAUCCUUCGGCCGUCCACGUCCAGAAUCGCGCUCAGUUGAUCAACGACGCCUACAACCUGGCUAGAGCCGAACGUCUCGAUUUGACCGUGCCGCUGAACCUAAUGACGUACUUGAAGCAGGAAACCUCAUACCCACCAUGGGCGGCAGCUAGCUCCGUCCUUACCUACUUCAACAAUAAGCUUCGCGGCACUUCACAGUACCAGUACUUCAUCAACUACGUCACGCAACUUAUCCAGCCAAUUUACUCAGUUCAUUCAGUUGACAGCGUGCCGGACACUGAAACCACCAUGGAGAAAUACCUCAAACAAACCAUCACCACGUGGGCUUGUCGAGUCGGACUCCAAGACUGUAUCACACGCACAGGAAACGCCUUGAGAACCGCAGUGGCCGCCAACACUCCAGUUCAUCCGGAUAUCGCCACUGUAGUCUACUGCUACGGUUUGCACCAAACCGGACAAACGGAAUUCGUCUGGCUGUACGAACGCCUCCUAGCGUCCAAGAACCAAGCCGAACGAGCCGUCUUGAUCGACUCGCUGGGUUGUUCUCAAGAAAAGGAGUUCCUCAAGUCGUUCCUCAUGACUUCGAUCGGUAGCGGGGCGACGUUCAACUUCCUGGAAACCGAGCGAACCCGUAUCGUGUCGUCCGUUUACUCCGCAUCGCGCGUCGGAGUCGACGCACUGCUCGAGUUCCUCAGCGAUGGAUCGCUCAUCGAUGAGUUCGUCAGCCGACUUGGCCAGAGCACAUUGAACAGUGCCGUGUCUAACAUUGCAUCCCGUACGAAUAACGUUGAAGAGUUGGAACAGUUGGAAGGUCUUCUGAACGCGUUGGGUGAAAAGAUUUCGGCUAAUACCGCCACCUCGGCGAGAACCACUGCCCGGAAUAAUAUGGCUUGGUUCAAUACGCUGGAGGGACUCGUAGCGGAAGAGUUCUUCGGGGCGUACACGCAGUAAUAUCAUCAGUUCACCAUCGAUAGGGGUGUUUACUCUUUCUUCAGAGUACGCUAUGAGUAUUAGAAAUAAAUUAUGCCUGGAUAAAAAUAAA